CUGGCCACACCAUGGGCUGGGAAAGGGGAAAUUCUUGAGUAUAAAGUCCAGCAGGUGGAGGGACCAGGCUGGGACUCCUGUGUCACUUGCAGUGACAGGACACAUGGACCGGGUUGCCGUGGGCCUCGGGGUCUGGGGGAGCCUGGUGCUACUGGGUCUGUGCAGCUGGACAGUGGGCGGGGCAGCCGUGAGAGACCUGCGAGUGCACGCUCAGACCAACAGCUCCAUCAGCCUGCGCUGGGAGGAGCCCCAGGGCUCGGACUCCCAGAACCUCACCUACUGGGUCCUGUGGGCUGGAGAGGGCGACACAGGUGACCCCCGGAAGACCACCGACACCAGUGUCACCGUGGAGGGACUGCGCCCUGGGUCCUCAUAUGUAUUUUCUGUGUGGGUGGAAAGAGACGGAGUCAACAGCACCGCGGAGACUCUCAAUGCUUCUACAGCCCCCAACGCAGUGACCAACCUGCGAGUGCACGCUCAGACCAACAGCUCCAUCAGCCUGCGCUGGGAGGAGCCCCAGGGCUCGGACUCCCAGAACCUCACCUACUGGGUCCUGUGGGCUGGAGAGGGCGACACAGGUGACCCCCGGAAGACCACCAACACCAGUGUCACCGUGGAGGGACUGCGCCCUGGGUCCUCAUAUGCAUUUUCUGUGUGGGGGGAAACAGACGGCGUCAACAGCACCGCGGAGACUCUCAAUGCUGCUACAGCCCCAAAUCCAGUGACCAACCUGCGAGUGUGCACUCAGACCAACAGCUCCAUCACUCUGCGCUGGGAGGAGCCCCAGGGCUCGGACUCACAGAACCUCACCUACUGGGUCUGGUGGCCUGGAGACCAUGCCACAAAUCAGACCCAGAAUACAAUGGCCACCAAUGUUACCCUGCAUGGGCUUCAGCCUGGAUCUUUGUAUACAUUUUUGGUGUGGUCAGAGAAGAAUAGGAUUAAUAGUUCUCAUGAGACUCAAAAUGCUACCACAGCUCCAGACUCCGUCACCAUUGCCUCCUGUGUCAGUGCCUCAGGGGGCUAUGGGCUCAUCCUGACCUGGUCCUGCCCCUCUGGCGGGUAUGAUGGCUUUGAGCUGGAGGUGGGUCGGCAGCAGGACUCCCAGGACAGAUCUUCAUGCCAGAGUAAAGUGUUCCUGUCGGGCCUUGGGCCGGCUCGGUCCUACGCAGUCACCGUCACGACCAUCUGGAGCGGGCUGAGGACCAAGUCUGCCUCGGUGACCUGCUACACUGAGAAUGUGGGCGUCAUUGCUGGAGCCGUUGUGGGCGUCCUCCUGAUCCUCCUCCUCGCGGGCCUGCUGGUUUUGUUCCUGAAGAAGAGGAACAGGAAGCAGCGGAAGCAGGAAGCACCGCAGGAACUGGACUUCAGCUUCCCAGGGGCCAUCCUGGCCAAAGACUUCGCUGACUACGUCAGGGGAAACGAGAAGGACAGCAACCGUGGCUUUGCGGACGAGUACCAGCGUCUGUGCCUGGAGGGCGAGGGCCAGCCGCAGGUGGUGGCCUCGGCCCCGGAGAACAAGGCCAAGAACCGCUACCGGAACGUGCUGCCCUACGACUGGUCCCGGGUGCCGCUGCAGCCGCUCCAGGACGAGCCGGGCUCUGACUACAUCAACGCCAGCUUCAUGCCUGGCCUCGGGAGCCCCCGGGAGUUCAUCGCGGCCCAGGGCCCCCUGCCGCAGACCGUGCGCGACUUCUGGCGCCUGGUGUGGGAGCAGCAGAGCCGCACCGUGGUGAUGCUCACCAACUGCCUGGAGGCCGGCCGGGUGAAGUGCGAACACUACUGGCCUCUGAACGCCCAGCCCUGCACCCACGGGCACCUGCAGGUGACCCUGGUGGACGAGGAGGUGACAGAGAACUGGGCGGUUCGGGACCUGCAGCUACUCCACAUGGAGGAGCAGAAGACCCUGCCUGUGCGACAGUUCCAUUACCUGUCCUGGCCGGACCACGGCGUGCCGCCCUCCCCGGACCCCUUGCUGGCUUUCUGGAAGACGCUGAGGCCGUGGCUGGACCAGACGGAGGAGGGAGGCCCGCCCAUCGUGCACUGCAGCGCUGGCGUGGGCCGCACGGGUACCCUCAUCGCUCUGAUCGUCUUGCUGCAGCAGCUGGAGCAGGAAGGCCUCCUGGGGCCCUUCGGGUUUGUGAGGAAGAUGAGGCAGAGCCGGCCCCUGAUGGUGCAGACGGAGGCCCAGUACGUGUUCCUGCACCAGUGCAUCCUGCGCCACCUCGAGCUGUCAGCGGACACCGUGGCCCAGAAGGACGGAGAGUAUGAGAGUGUGGUGAACCUCAUCUAUGAGAAUGCGGACGCCAUCCGGGCCCAAACAUUGCAGGUCUAAGCUUGGGGGCUAGGCCCGCAGCCCAGCACCCUGGGGCUCGGGGCGCCCAGCCAGAUCCCUGGACCCUGGGACAGCAGAGGGCUGGGCCCAGCACCCGGGGCCCUGUGGGGAGGGUGCUGGGAGUGUAGGCUCCUCUGCCGCACUGGAGUUUGUCCUGUGCAGGGUGGGCCUAGGCCCUGGUCCCUUGAGGAGGUAGGGUGGGGGCGUCGGGGCUCUCUGGGGGAGGAGCUUGGCCCUCUGAGGGCUCCCCAGGAUCAGCGGAGCCGCGGCUCUCAGGAAGGAAGGACUCCGGGCCUGAGGGGCAGGGGCAGGGGCAGGCGGGACCCCCGCUCUGCUGUUCCUCGGAAGCCAGGGCCGGCGUGCGGGGUCUGAGGCCAAGGCGAUGCCCUGCCUGUGUUCUCCCUGAACCUUGUUCCACAUUUUCCUACAUCCCGUAAUUUAUUAAAUCACUGUUCUCCUCA